UAUGAUUUAAAGGUGCUAUCCCGGUUUGGGGGACCAGUAUCACCCUUGUCACGCCAUUAAAAUAGGUCUGGAACUUUUUUGCCUGACCCGCUGAGUUCAAGCUGCAGCUUACUUUUUUUUUCGCUCUGGAUGCCAGUCCGACUUGGCUCCGGUCACAUCUGCUCCUUAAAUCAAGCUAAAUAUAGAGCAGGAGGCCAAGGCAAAAUGGCUUGCGAGCCAACGGGCCACGGUGACAGGGAGCCGGCCGCCGACACCGUCCUGGAAGUCGGCCAGCGGCUGUUCCGUGUCAACAGGGGCGUGCUGUCGCGGGCCAGCGAGUACUUUCGGGCCAUGUUCUUCGGAGGCUCCAGGGAAGGGUCUGAGCGCCACGUUGUACUGCGAGGCGUGGACCCCGAAGUCUUUAAGCUGCUGUUGGCCUUCGCAGUCGACGGCCGGGUUGAGAUCAAGCGGGACAACGUGACGGCCCUGCUGGAGGCGGCCGAUUUCCUGCUCUUCGACCGGCUGAAGCUGCUGUGCAGCGCCUUCCUGCAGCGGGAGCUGCACGUGUCCAACUGCCUGGGCUUCUGGGCCUACUCGCGACGCCUCGCGUGCCCGGGCCUAACGGCCGCCGCCCGCCGCGUCGCCCUCACACACCUGGAAGCCGUGGUCACCCACCAGGAGGAGUUCGCGCAGCUCUCCGAGGAGGCGCUGGUCGAGCUGCUGGCCAGCGACGACCUCUACGUGCGCAAGGAGGACGAGGUGUUCGAGGCCGUGGUGAAGUGGGCGAGCCACCGGCGCUGCAGGGAGGCAGCCUUGCUGCCGCUCUUGGGCUUGAUGCGAGCCCCCUUCAUGAGCCUCACGUUCCUGGACUUGCUGAUCAAACGGUCCAAGCGCGGCAGCGAGGACGACACCUGCGCCAGAGUCCUGCAGAUGUUGAACCGCAACCCUCCCCGCACCUGGUCGGCGACCCAGAAGAGCAGGCGCUACGAGACCAUGUACAUCCUCGGGGGAAGACAUGAGCGCGAACAGCAAGAACUCUUCCAGUUCUAUCCUAAAAGCAACACAUGGCAGGCCUGCUCUCCUCUCCGCCGCAGAAACCUCACUCAAUACGCCGUGGCAGCAGUAGGUAAUUACAUCUUUGUCACGGGCGGAUACUUCCGAGAUGAGAUAGUGUGGUACUGCGUAGACUGGGUGCUAAUUUAUAACCACUGGGAAAACAACUGGAUGGAAGGGCCUUCCCUGAAGCAGUCUCGCAACUGGCACUGUGCAGUCGGUGCUGGGGAGUACCUAUACGUGUUGGGAGGAAGCACUGAUGAGGCAGUGAUUGCUGAUGUUGAGCGGCUGCUAAUGAUGGACACACAGUGGGAGAGCAUGCAUCGUAUGGUGCAGCCAGUCGAGAGAGCAGCAGCAGUCAGUGAUGGCACCAGCAUUUAUGUCUUGUGUGGACUGGAUGAAAAUGGUGAUGUCUACAGCGGAGUUCAGCGGUUGGUUGUGGACACAGAUGUUUGGGAUGUCAUCUCUUUCUCUCCCCUUCCCCGGUAUGAUCUAUGUGCCACUUUCCUGAAUGGUGCAAUAUAUGUAGUGGGAGGUCAAACAUUUCGUCUUGACAUAGACACGGACGAGUGGACUCCUGUGGAUGAGGAAAGCUUGAACCAGAAGUUCUUCAGUGGUUGCACUACUGUUAAUGGGAAGACAUAUCUUCUUGGGGAGAGGAGAGGGAACACAUCAAUCCCAAAUAUGAUUCUUUUCGAUCCUUAUACAGACACCUGUCAGGUGGUCGACAAAGCUGUGCCCUGCCCGCUCCCUGUACGAGGCUGCAUGUCCAUCGGAAAAUUCAGCACAACUUCUGGAGUCUGA